AUGGAAGAUUCUGACACCAAUGCAAUCCUUCCUGGCGGGGAAGAUUCGUCUCAAGAUAAUUAUAAAUCAAGAAGAAAUCUUUGUCUGACAGCUCCACCCUACUCCUGUCCAUUUUCAGUGUCUGUCGAGCCUGUACUCUUUCUCUCAAUGUUUUCAUUGGCACUUCAAAUGCCGCUUUGCACACAAUACCUGUGGGAUCGCAUUAGUGAAGAUCUGGGGUACAACGGGACAAAAACCGGAGGAUGUAACAACAGCAGUGGGCCGCCCGAUCCUCUCGAGAAGGAGGUGGAGACCAUGACGGCACACUGGAACUUGUACAUCAAUUUGGGAGGCUUUUUCGUCAGCCUUUUCUCUGCCACCCUAUUUGGAUCCUGGAGUGACUGUGCUGGCAGGCGCCCAGUUCUGAUCUUACCCAGUCUUGGCCUGGCGGUUCAAGCUGCUGUUUAUUUAGUGGUGCUAUACCUGAAGUUGCCAGUGGCCUGGUUCCUCUUGGGUAGGUUCUGCAGUAGCCUCACUGGGGACUUCAACACUAUCCUAGCUGGCUGCUUUGCCUAUGUGGCUGACACGAGUGACAGAGUCUCCCGCACGUUCAGAGUGGCCAUACUGGAAGCCUGCAUAGGUGUGGCUGGCAUGUUUGCAAGCAUCAUUGGGGGACAGUGGCGACGGGCACAAGGGUACAUUAACCCAUUCUGGCUGGUCCUGGCCACCAGCCUGGCAUCUGCCCUGUAUGCCUACCUCUUCGUGCCUGAGUCUGUGGUUCCCGACCCUGGGGCCAGACUGCUCACCACCAAGCACCACCGGGCCGUCGUCCACCUCUACAGCACCCCGGGGCAGGGGGGACGCAGGCUGAAGCUGUGGCUCUACUCCCUCUGCUUCUUCAUCGUGGUCACUGUACACUUCGGCAGCCGGGACCUGUACGUGCUGUACGAGCUCAGCGCCCCUCUGUGCUGGGGCCCGGAGUUGAUUGGCUAUGGCUCGGCGGUGCAGCACCUGACCUACCUGAGCAGCCUGGCAGGGCUGAGGGCCAUGCAGCACUGCCUGGAGGACUCCUGGGUGGCCAUCGUGGGUCUGGCCUCCAACAUGUGUGGGCUGGUGGUCAUCUCUGUGGCCAACACCACCGCACUUUUGUUUACAGGCUAUGGACUCGGCUUCCUCUUCAUGGCUUCAACUCCAGUUCUGCGAUCAAAGCUCUCCAAGCUAGUGGACCCUUCCGAGCAAGGAGCUCUCUUUGCAUCAGUGGCCUGUGUGGAGGGACUCUGUUCCCUGGUGUCUAACGGAGUCUUCAACUCCCUGUACCCUGCAACUCUCUACAUCAUGAAGGGCUUUCCCUUCCUCUUCGGGGCUGUACUACUACUUCUUCCCGCUGGAAUAAUUGGGACACUCCGUUGCCAGCAGAGGAGGACGGAGAAUGCAGAGAGUUCCGGAACGUCUCCGGAAUGCUAGAGUGGAGAGUGUUCUGCAGAACUGAGUGUCUGUCAAGCUCAGGUAUGUUAGCUCUGGGAACCAAACAGCGGUGCACUAUUGGAUAAUAAUAGAUAGUGGCUGACUGAUGUUUAACCACACAAAAGGGAAUGUGAAGCUGCUCCAAACCAAUGAUAACUUUUUUGCACUUAAGAAAUGAAAAUGGUGUGUAUAUGUUUGUGCAUAUUUGUAUGUGUGCCUUCAUUUUUACACAAAAUUCUGCCAUCAUUUUACUAAUCAUUUACUUUUAAAUAACUGUAACGAUUGAAUGGUUACAGUUAAAGUUUGUAUUUUGUAUUCCAAAAUGUGAAGGUCUAAUGUGAAGGUCUUACCACACUAAAAAUAGUCUGGUCCUCUCACUGAGGUGUGUAAUAAUGGGAUUAGACAUACAGUAAACUAUAUACCUUUCCUUUUGGUAGCCUGCAGACUCGAGAUGAAAACGUACUUGUUUAUUAUAUUCAUUGUGAAUUCAUUAAUUAAUAUUUAUUUUACAGUACCUUUAUCGGUAAACAAAAUCAGUAACAUUGCGAUUAGGGUCUAGACAUGUCAUCAGCACAUAGACAGAUUGCCUGUUCCUCUCCGUAAUCCCACUUUGUGUGCUUAUAUAAGACUGACCCGCCUGAACUAUGUGAACUAUCGCAACACAACAUAUG